CCCAUGCUUCAACAUUGCCACGUCCAUUUUUAAUCUCAAAACCAAAAAAAAAACAUCACAGCAAUUUUUUUUUUUUUUGGGUUGAAGCAUAAGCAUAGCCAUGAACUCGUCUUCUCUUCUAACCCCAUCGUCGUCAUCAUCCUCUCACAUCCAAACUCCGGCGAACUUCGACCACGAAGACUUCCUCGACCAAAUCUUCUCCUCCUCCGCUCCUUGGUCCUCCGUCGUCGACGACGGCGGCGCUCCGCCGUCCUCCGAUGGCGGAUUCCAGCAGCCGAUCAUGAUGAUGCCUUUGUCCAGUACUCUACCAAACGACGUCGUUGAUGGCUCCGUCCAAGCUCUCUACAAUGGCUUCGCCGGAUCUCUUCUCUCUCCCACCAACCAGUCUCUCCCUUUCCACCUCCCUCAGGGAUCGGGAGGUGGGAUGAUGAGCCAAGGACAAGGCCUAGCCCGGCGACGGCGGCCUCAGGCGUCGACGCCCACCGCCACCGGCGGAGACACGGCGGCGGCUGCGCCGUCUCAGGCGAAGCCCAAAGUCCGGGCUCGGAGAGGUCAAGCCACUGACCCCCAUAGUAUUGCCGAACGGUUACGGAGAGAGAGAAUCGCGGAGAGAAUGAAAUCCCUUCAGGAACUUGUCCCUAAUGCCAACAAGACAGAUAAGGCAUCAAUGCUCGAUGAGAUUAUCGAUUAUGUCAAGUUCUUACAGCUCCAAGUCAAGGUGCUUAGCAUGAGCAGACUGGGCGGCGCUGCCUCUGUCUCUUCUCAGAUUUCUGAGGGAGGUGGCGGCGAUAGGGCUCAGCCCGGCGGCUCCACAGCGCCGAGCUCCGGCGGAGGAGACAGUCUGUCGAUGACGGAGCACCAAGUGGCGAAGCUCAUGGAGGAAGACAUGGGCUCCGCAAUGCAAUACCUCCAAGGCAAAGGUCUCUGUCUCAUGCCCAUCUCUUUAGCCACCGCCAUCUCCACUGCCACGUGUCACUCCCGCAACCCUCUCCUCGCCGGCGCCGGCGACUGUCGGCCUUCCUCUCCGAACGCCUCCAUCAUGACCGUACAAUCCACGAGCACGACUGCGACAGCCAAUGGUAACGGUAACGGCGUGGGUGCCGGGAAGGACACUGCGUCGGUUACGAAGCCGUGAUAACGGCUGUUUGACACGAAGUGGAUAGGGUGGGAAAAAAAAGUCAACGGAGCUUUUGUCCAAAGUCUACAGAGUAAGGAUUUUAUUGGAAUACGACGCCGUAUUUGGGUAGACUACGGUUCAAUUUUUUUUUUUUUUUUACCUACUACGACGCACCACCCACUGUUUUUUUUUUUUAAAGAAAUUUCAUUUGCAGUGAUGAAUUACCAAUAAAAUCAAGUUAUUAGACAAUGACGUGCGGAUUAACGGUCUUUAAUCAUAAUUAU